AUGGCUGCGCUCUACCGAAGUAGGCAUCGGUGGAAACGAAUCAAUUGGUCCCAUGUUUUGACCAGAAACUUUACAGGGAAUUAUGACUACGAUACGGUUGUUAUUGGAGGAGGGUCUGGUGGGCUCGCCUGUUCGAAGGAAGCGGCACAGCUUGGACAAAAAGUUGCUGUUCUGGAUCACGUGGAGCCCUCUUUGAGAGGCACUAAGUGGGGUUUAGGUGGUACGUGUGUUAAUGUUGGCUGCAUACCAAAGAAACUCAUGCACCAGGCGGCUCUCCUUGGAACUGCAGUGAAAGAUGCUAAAAAGUAUGGAUGGCAGCUGCCAGGGCCAAUUUCCCAUGAUUGGCUCACCAUGGCUGAGGCUGUUCAAAACCAUGUCAGGUCUUUGAACUGGGGUCACCGGGUCCAGCUUCAGGACAAGAAGGUGAAAUAUCUUAACAUGAGAGGAAGCGUUGCAGAUGAACACACAGUCAAAGCACUAUCAAAAACAGGGAAAACAAUGACACUGACUGCCAAGAACAUUGUGAUUGCUACAGGUGGCCGACCCAAAAUCCCCACAGAUAUUCCAGGUGCGAUGGAACAUGGUAUCACCAGUGAUGACAUUUUCUGGCUGAAAGAAUCGCCUGGAAAAACACUCGUGGUUGGAGCGAGCUAUGUAGCGCUUGAGUGUGCAGGUUUCCUUACAGGCAUCGGUUUGGACACAACCGUGAUGGUUCGCAGCAUUGCACUCCGGGGAUUUGAUCAGCAAAUAGCAGGAUUGGUGACUGACUACAUGGAGUCUUAUGGAACCAAGUUUGCAUUUAGGUGUGUCCCCAAGAGAGUAGACAAACUUCCAUCAGGGGCCCUGAAAGUGACCUGGAGUGAUGCUCUGACUGGCCAGGAACACAAUGACACCUACGACACUAUGUUAUGGGCGGUUGGUAGAGCUCCAGAAACCAAAGCUUUGGGUCUUGACAAUCUUGGCGUACAACUCAACAAGGAGACAGGGAAAAUAAUUGUGGGGGUGGAUGAAUCUACUUCUGUGCCAAACAUCUAUGCUUUGGGGGACAUAAGCCAGGGCCGGCCUGAAUUGACGCCUACAGCUGUUAAAUCGGGAAAACUCCUUGCCCGCAGACUUGCUGGACACAGCAAAGAGCUCAUGAACUAUGACAACGUGCCAACCACUGUGUUCACCCCACUUGAAUAUGGUUGUGUGGGCCUAUCAGAGGAGGAAGCUGAAGUCAGGCAUGGCAGAGACAACAUAGAGGUUUACCAUGCCUUUUACAAGCCUCUGGAAUUCACUGUGGCAGAGCGUGAUGCUAGUCAGUGUUACAUAAAGGUGAUAUGCCAGCGGGAUGGAGAUCAGAAAAUAUUGGGUCUGCAUUUCACUGGUCCAAAUGCAGGCGAAGUCACGCAGGGUUUUUCUAUGGGCCUCCAGUGUGGGGCAACAUAUUCACACCUUUUGGGAACAGUAGGAAUCCAUCCAACCUGUGCGGAGGAGAUAACCAAGAUUAACAUCACGAAACGUUCAGGAUUGGAUGCCACUGUCACCGGAUGCUGA